AUGAUCAUGAUGGCAUACUUGGAGUAUCAUCACUCAGCGUACCUUCUCAACACAUCAAAGCCGAUGUCUAUCUUGACUGGAGCAAUGUGGGUCGCUGAAAUGCUCGACGACAACGAAGAUGCCUUCAUUGAUACCUUCCGAAUGCCCGGCGCAACCUUUGGAGUGCUUCUGACGGCGCUCGAUAUCACGGACGGACGGGCGUAA